AUGCUUAUUCCCAAGGCUGACCGCAAGGCGAUCCAUGAGUACCUCUUCCGUGAGGGCGUCAUGGUCGCUGAGAAGAACUAUGAGUCGACCCACGAGACCGGCAUCCGCAACCUUUUUGUCAUCAAGGCUUGCCAGUCUUUGACCUCGCGCGGCUACGUCAAGACCCAGUUCUCGUGGCAGUACUACUACUACACCCUCACCCCCGAGGGUCUCGACUACCUCCGCGAGUGGCUCCACCUCCCCGCUGAGAUCGUCCCCGCUACCCACAUCAAGUCCCAGCGGUCUCACGCUCCCCCCCGUGGCAUGCUCGGUGGUGAGGAGCGCCGCGAGCGCCCCUUCGGUGGCCGUGGCCGUGGUGACCGCGAGGGCGGUUACCGCCGCCGUGAGGCUGGUGAGGGUAAGGAGGGUGGUGCCCCCGGCGAGUUCGCUCCCCAGUUCCGUGGUGGUUUCGGUCGUGGCCGC